CGGUGCACCGGAUGAAUUGCAUUGACAUGUGGCUGGCGACACGAUGCGCUGACUAAGCCCCCCCUUUAUUAUGUAAACAGACUUUUUAUAGUCUUUUUACAUUGUAUACAUUGUCUUGAGGAUUGGUCAUUGUUCAUAUUUAAAGCAUAGUCUUCCUUAUAGCUAUCUUUGUAUGUUAUAAUACCUUUCUUCCUUUCAAGAAGUUCCACAAUGAACUCGAGUCAAACUUAAAGUCGUAUAUACUAACAGGACAUGUUGAUAUGAUACAAAAUAGCCACGGUGUCUGUUCAUAGCUUCGUGUUCUCUGGCACUUGCACAAUAUGGUCAGAGAGGGCAGGAAUUAAAAUAGUUUUAUCUUGUUCUUGGUAACCCCCUCAAAUAGCGAUUUCUACUUAACUAUAUUGUCAAACUUAGGUCUUCAAUCGGUGGCUGAAGCUCAAGAAACUUAAGAUAAUGGCGCAAUAUGAAGGAUCUGAGCUCGAAGAGGAUGAAAUCAUCGCAUUAUAUUUCGAUCUAGACGGAGCUUCCUGCCCGUCAGACUCAGACUUCAGUUCUGAUCUAUCUCAAAGUCCUGGUAGGUUUGAUGAAGACGUAGCGGGCUCUACGACUACCGACAAUAAUGAAGAUAGUGACUACAUAUCAGAACCAUGGCAAAAUGUGGAACAUAUAAACUUUUCGGGUGGCAGUGGUUGCUAUGUGUGGCCAGAAAGCCCGGACGUAAUGAUGGGCUCAGAAGAACCAUCGGCCAUGGAGGUUUACGGAAGUCUUGGGAUCAGAUGGGAUAGUUGGUUCAGAGUUCAGGAAGAUACUAGGCGUGUUGAGAAGGAAUACCGCUUUCCCAGCGAGUAUGCUGGGAUUAACUGGCCACAGCUGAUUCAGGAAUCUUACCAGUUAUGGCAUUAAAAUGGUGAUGUGUCCGUAUAUCGGCCUCUAGGUAACCAUUUCCCGAUCUUGCUCUACUCUCU